CAACGAGCCCGCCUGGAUCACGCGUUUUGAGCAGACCGCGCAGGCUCAAGGUGGCCAUGGCAGAUUGUGAUGCCACAGGAUGCGUUAGGAUAACGUGAGGCUGAGAGACCCGACUCCAUGCGGCCAUGCCACCCAAGCGUUCCAGCAAAGAGUCGCGGCGCCACUCCGUGGCCCUUUGGAAGAAGGGCUUCGAGCUCGCGAAAGGUGAGAUCGGGGCUGAGAAGAGCGCUCAGUCAAGGACCAGAUCCCGCGGCCAUGCGCGGGGCGGUAGCUUCCAAAGCGUCUUGAACCUCCCCAGAAAGUUUGUCAUGGCCUGGGACAUGGGCUUUCGGGGUAUUCUGGCAGCCGCCAUGGCGGACUUGCUGCAGGAGCGUAUGGUCGAUUCUCGGAACGUCGUGGAAGAGGCAGUGUGGCUGGACAAGCGUAACAGCCUGUUCUUUCUCCUGCUGAACAUCCUGAACAACAACAGGCCCUUCGAGAAGAUCCCCACCAGUCCCACGGAAGAGGACGAAGGUUUGGAGGAGCCGCUGUGGAAGAUCGUGGCGGCGCGCCCGCCCCUGGACAGCUCGGAGAGGCAGGAAAACGCCGGCGCUUCGCAUGUGGAGAUGCUGGCAAAAGCCAAGGAGGAGGGCGCCGCAGCGGUGGAGAAGGUGGCAAGGCGGCUUUCGGAGGAGCGGCGGGGCACCUUCAACUCUUGGCACUCCUUCUGGAGCUUCUACCGCCAAGUGGACAAGUCCAAGCCGGAAGCGGGCGCGCCUCAGUGGCACAUGGAGCUAAGCCAGCUGAGCCAGGAGCCGGAGGUCGCUCACCAAGCCAGUCGCUACAGAACCUCCCGGGCGACCACAGCAGCAUCCCCACUGCCGGAUGAUACAGCGUCGGAGGACUGUAUGAGCGAGCUGCCCGAGUCGCCGCGCACCGCGCACCGCCUGGCGCUGGUGGAAGAUCGAAAUCCGCUGGCGGAGAGGAUUUCGCCGGCGCGCACCUUCUCCAGCUUCCAGGAUCACAAGAACUAUCGCAAAGUUCUGAAGGGUGUGACGAUGCCAAGCAACUGCCCGCUGGUGCUACGCUCUGGCAAGGAGUAUCGCUGCCCUCGGCGCUUGGGGUUGUCCCUGAGCGGCCUGCCAGCGAUGCACCGGCAGGACCUCCACAAGCCGCUGCUCUUUGGCGCCAGCACCGCCCGGGACAUGCGAAGCCACCGGUGCCGCUUGGAGCAGAAGCAGGCGGAGAUUGUCUCUGAGCCCUUGUACGCGAUCAGAACUAUGGCAAGCGAGCGGCCCAGCUCCCAAUGGCAGCCGGGCCUCGAGAACUGGGUACGCCUCCGCAGUUGGCGGGAGGAGCGGCACGAAGACGGCCAGGCAGUGCUGUCUUCAUCACUGGCCUUCAUGAAGCCGGAAGUGCCGGAAGUCAAGGCGGAGCCCAUGGCGGAGUUCCACCGGCCCUGGUCCGGGCGAGGCCGCGGUGUAAACCAAGCUGACAUGGACGACGAUCCCGAGGCACUUCCGCCGCUGCAGCGCUACGCCAAGGUCUGCUUAGAUUGCGGCCUUCACCCGCAGCAGGCUGCCGUAGGCUUCUUGGGCAGGCAGUUGCCCUUCCUGGAGCUCCGGGGGUUGUCGUACUGCGACGAGGACCUGUUGGCGCUCACCGCCGCCUUCCCCUCCGGAGGAGCAUUGGAGCGGCUUGACCUCGGGGAGAACUCCAAGAUCUCUGACCGAUCUGUAUGUCCACUGCUGGAGUGUGUUGCCUCGAGGUAUGCAGAUGUUCUUGCCUGCCUCCGCCUGGAUCGCUGCACUCACAUUGGACGCAAGUGCUUGCAGCUUCUCACUCGUCUCAUCCACGGGCCGAUGCUGAACCUCCAGCGCCUGGACAUCUCGGGGGUCUACGUCAGCAUCGGCGAGUACCAGAAGCUGGCCAAUGCCAUCGAAAGGCACGAGCACCUACAGGAGGUGUCUCUGGCUAUGACGGGGAUCAGCCCUGACCUCUCGAUCAAGGUGGUGCCGAACCUGGUCCGCAACACCCGAAUCAGGAAGUUGGACCUAGGCUACAACCACUUCGACCCGGAGGCCUUCAGCGUCUUGGGCAACAGCCUGCUGAAGGGCAGCCGCCUGCAGUACCUGGGCCUCGCGAAGACCGCCUCUGUGAUGGCCGCGCAGCCUAUGAGCGGCUUCCUGGAACAACUCCCGGCAGACAAGAGUCUCAGAUUCCUGGACCUUUCGGAUAACAUGCUGGACGAGAACGCCGCGCUAAUGCUGGAGUACGGCCUGCAGACACAUCCAACCAUAGAGCUGCUGGACGUGUCCACCAACCCCCUGGGCCAGGGCGGUUUGGGCUCCCUGGCCCGGCUGCUGUCUUCGGAGGAGUGCACUGAGCUGAAGAACAUCCUCCUGGAAGAUGUGCAGGCCGCCUCUGACCGGGAUGUGGCCAUGGGGCUCUUCGAGGUGGACCCAUCGGGGUACUACAGUUUGGACCUUGCGCAGCCGGGCCAGCGCACGCUGCUGCGGCUCCUGCUGUCGCAGCUCGGGGGGACCCGCAGUAGCCUCAAGGGCGCGACGCUGACCACCUCGCCGACAGCACAGCCAGCGCCAUUCAACGUGGAUGGAGUGCGGAAGAAGCGGAACAUCUGGAAUGUGCCCACCUCCGGCACGCUGAGCUUCGUGCUGAAUUUGAACGACUUCCUCCUGAAAGACGAGCGGGACACCAAGGGGCCCUUCACGCCUGUGGUGGAACGCAUGUUCUUCAGGAGGAAACGCGUGUGGAAAUCCAGCCGCAAGACCCUGGUAGUGCUGCAGAAGGUGAACAGCCUGAAAGGCCCCAUAUUUGAUGCCUUCCUCAUGGCCCUUAUCUUCCACUUCCAGCUCACAAAAGACCAGGUCAUGGCCGUAUACAUGAACCAAGGCGACAAGGCCAAGGAGACGCUGCUGCGGAUGCUGCCGAUGCUGAUGGCCCCCCAGCCGCUGCUGCAUGCGGCGCUGAACACGGACACGGCCAAGGACCUGGUGGACUUCGAGUCUGAGGCGCAAGAGCUCAUGUCGCUGAACUUGGAAAACCCCACGGGGCACUACGCCCUGCGCCUGGAGGUGCUGUCCCACCGGACCGUGGCCCAAAAGCUGCUUCUGCUGAACCGCUGGCAGCUGCAUCUGUGGCGCUCCGCUAAUUUGGUGGACGUCACCAUGGACGGCAAGGGGAAGUGUAUGCGCAACGCCCUGCUCGACGGCCAGCUGUUGAGUUGGACAGACAGCGACUGGCGCCUGCCGGCCUCGGGGCAGCUCACCCUUGACUUUGUGGCGCUCUACAGGCCUCCGGCGGCGGUGCCGGUGGUGGCGGUGGAAGCCUGGGGUCAAGUGCUGGCGGCGCUCGGGGACCUACUUUCUCUGAACAUCCGCGAGGGCGACAAGGAGGACCCGGCUGUGCGGGGCCAAGUGGCCAAAGUGAUGUGGGCACUGCGAGCCGUGAGCUCCCGCGUGUGGCUCCUCACCCGACAGCUGAGGAACCUUCUCUGCAUCUUUCUGAACAGACAAGACCGCGGGGACAUUCUUGUCGCCUUCUUUCUGCGGUGUGUGGACUGGCCCAUCAACGGCAAGUGCUGCCUGCCCAAGUUCAACCUCGCGCAACGACACGAACUCUUCGCCAGGCUGGGAUGGAUGAACUUGUUCUCCUACGGGCAGCCUGAGAUGUCAACGCACACCUUUGACUUGGCAGUAUGGGAGCAGCGCCGCUGCUUCCACACAAUGGUACGCCUGUCCUCCUCUGAGGAUGCCGUGAACAUCAAGAACCCCAUGUUGGACAAAGAUGCGAACCCCAACACGCCGUCCUUCCAGCCCUUCGUCGCAGGCAUUCCCAAGUCCUGGGAUGACAUGGACAACAUCCCAACGCAAGGCCUCGUGCAGUGUACGUACAACUGCGCGGUGGAUCGGCAAAACCUGAAGGCGCGCCGGCGGUUGGCUUCCAAUGUGGGGGGCUGGAUUUACCUGCCCGACACGCCCUUCGACUUCUGGUCUUGCCUGGAGGAUGUUCCGCCUGAUGUGCUGAAGGUGGUGAUGUUUAUGAUUCGGACCUGGAAGAGCACGGACGCAGCCUUUUCUGCUCUCAAUGUGCAGCCUGACAACAUGCUGAACCACAAGGAGUUUGUGGAGGGCCUCACCAAGGUGGGCUGCUGCAAGACCCGGAGGCCGCGGCAGAAGGGCAACCUGCUCACCAUGUCCGCAGGUGCCCGUGGCAUGCUGAGCCCCAAGGAGGAUGAAGAGGACUCCGCGCAAGUGGAGGCGAUCUCCAGCGUGUUUCGGUAUCUGGACACCUCCCACGACGGUGACAUCUCCAGAAAGGAGUUCGAGACCUUGGAGCGCGUGUGGCGGGAGCUGCAGCAGUCCAUGUACGAGCUCAAGCGGGACCUGGACGUCUUCUACGGCUCCCUGCAGAAGGCCUUCGAGGCCAUCGACGUGGACGAGUCAGGGGCCAUCUCCUUCCAGGAGUUCCGCAAGUGUGUGGAGGCAACUCAUUUUGAUGGUCCGAUCAAUGAGAUCUUCAUGUUCCUGGAUUUGAAUAGCGACAACGAGAUCGACGGGGAGGAGUUUUUUGUCCUGGAAACCCACAGUCACGCGCCACCUUUGCCGGACUUCACUGACGCCAAGCUCGCCAAGCUCCAGAGACUCUUUCGAUAGUCGACAGCCAGGCUGGCGCUCACUUCUCAUUACUGAUGAAGCCAGUGGGCAUUCAGCAGCAAACGGUGCCUAAUCAUGCCACUUUGCAGAUGGCCCAAGAAGUGGCACGUAUGUGGCUCAAAAUUAAGAGCCACUAUGAUCCUAGGUGCAGGAAAGCAAUUCCAGCACCCUGCGGGCUUCUCUACCGAAUUCCGGUGUCUCUUCCUUUGGUGGGGGGGGUUCAACAUCACCCCUUUGGGCUGAAUUGAAGGCCCAUCCAUGAAUUGAUGCAGACCAGACAUGAGUGACCUGGGAGCUCCUCAAAAGAGCGCUACGAUGCAGCCCACAGGAUUCCGCCAGCUGCCUUCAUGAAAGUGUCGAGCUGUAGAUUCGCGGCGCGGAUGGAGGAGCCCGUCCAAAGUUGAAGGGAGUGCGUCUGAAAUGAUUAGAUUACAAGAGGCAACAGUUUUCUUUACGAGUGUUUUCUCCUCAAGCAUGGAGUCUCAGCAUAGUUUUGACACCCUUGGGCCAAGUAGGGCAUUUCGGGUGCCGGCGAAGCCGGCGUCAGGCCCGAGCAGGGUUUGGCCGGACCUGCUGAAAGCAGGCGGCCUCUGGAGGGUUUUAAGGCCUCUUUGGUUCCAACCCCAUGGCCAGCUGAGAAGCGCUUGACGCGCGUGGCGUUGCUUUCGUCAUUUGUUACUUUGUCGAAGUGCUGGUCGAAGGGAGAGAUCUGAGACAAGCGUCAGAAGAUCUGUAAGUGGCUUGGCGCGCUAAGACAGUGCGGUAGGCAAGUCAAGUUCAGAUUGCAUGCCGGAAGAAGCCACGC